UCUGUACAUAUCGCGCCGCGAAACGAAACGGCCGCUUGCUUCUGUCGCAAAUUCAUAUUCUGUCACGUUCGAUUUUCAAGUUUACUGUUCGAUAACAAAACUUUUUUGUUAAAUUUUGGCGUGGAGUGCUGUGUCCGUGGAGGUUGUUGUUCUGUUUUUGAAAUUCGUAUAAAACAACGUUAGAACAAGAUGGCGAGCGGCGGCAAUACAGUUUCGUUCCCCAGAGGGGGCGCAGGAAUCUCAUCUAGUCAUAGAAUAAGCAACUGUUUUGUACACAUAGUUAUUGCCAUGUUGGUUAUAGGUUUACCAAGCGCACAUUCCCAAAUAGAGAAAAUGUACGUCGAUGUAACAGAUCUCAAGAUAUUGGUCGAUGAGACCUAUCUUCUGAAGUUGGUCCAAAUUGGUCAAUACAACACCACCUUAGAGGUGACGGCACAGAUCCAACACCCGGACUUAGUGCAAUUUGUACCCGCCACAGUAGAGAUACCAGGGACACCUGAACCAAACACCACUGUGGAGAUCACACACGACAUCUGCGCGUACGGCAAGAGCCCAGGUCAUUCCGAGGUCAGCUUCAAUGUCACACCCAAUGGAUUCGUCAACCUCGACACCGUAUUCCUUCGUAUCACCGUGAUGCACUCCCACAUAAUCAGCGUAAUCUCCUACAUAAUGGGCUGGAUCUACUUCGCCGCGUGGUCGGUCUCCUUCUACCCGCAGAUCUACAUCAACUUCAAGCGGAAGAGCGUCGUUGGAUUAAACUUCGAUUUUUUGGCCUUAAACGUCAUGGGAUUCACUAUGUAUUCGUUGUUCAACUGCGGCCUAUACUUCUCUGAGGAAAUUCAGAGUGAGUAUUUCAGUCGGCAUCCCCGCGGUUUGAACCCAGUACAACUGAAUGACGUUUUUUUCUCGCUCCACGCCACCUUUGCAACCCUCAUUACGAUCGCACAGUGCUUUAUCUAUGAGCGCGACGAUCAACGGGUAUCGAAUGCGGGUCGCGGCAUUCUCACUUUAUUCGGCGGCAUCGUGGUAGUAACCGCUUGCUUGGGCGCUGCCAGCGUCGUUCAAUGGCUGGACUUUUUGUACUACUGCAGCUAUAUCAAAUUGGCCAUCACACUCAUCAAAUAUGUGCCGCAGGCUUACAUGAAUUACCAACGCAAGUCCACCGUGGGUUGGUCGAUAGGCAACAUAUUCCUCGACUUCGUGGGCGGUUUCCUGUCCAUCCUGCAGAUGGCGCUCAACGCCUACAACUACAACGACUGGGUGUCGUUCUUCGGCGACGCGACCAAAUUCGGCUUAGGCUUAUUCAGUCUCAUCUUCGACAUAUUCUUCAUACUGCAACACUACGUUUUCUACAGGGAAGCCCGUUACAUAUUACUUCCGGGAGAGAUUCCUCAAGACGAAGAAAACCAUGAUUGCCCAGAAGUGUCAAGCGAAUACCAAGGUCCACCGUCAUAGUACAUGGAGGAAGUAGCCCGAGAUACGGGACAGAGAUCCACGGGGAAUAGGGCCCGGAAGAAAAUGAUAUGAGUGUCCAGAGAGUCUGAAUUAUGGAAAUUAUGCUAGGUAAGAGAUGAGAAUUAUUUAAUCUGUUUAUUUAUUUAAUGAUAAUCAGAAAGAGACAAGUCAAAAUAUGAGCGAUACUCUUUAUAUCGCAAGGCGUUGCUAGACACAGGACUUCGCACAUGGGAGCUUCGCAGGCACUAUUAGAAACCUGCAACGAUAUUCGUUGACUGCUGGACUUCCUGGAGGAGCUGGCAUGGCAGUACUGAUAAUAAAUACCUCAUGCAUAAUAGACCUAGAGGGUCGAGUUAAAAUAUUAUAUCGCAGGUGUACCUAUUUAGGGGAAAAAACAGCUAAGGUAACUAAAAAUUCGCACCGAAUUUGGUGAUUUAUUAUUACAUUGACUGAAAAAUUGUUAAAAGUUAUCGUUAUUAUAAAUUUUAAGGCUAUAUAAUAAAAUCAUGUGACGGCAGUGUGUGUGACUUGAGACAAGAUUGAACCAUUAUUCAGACAAUAUCCAAGUGGUUUACUACUAUUGUGAUGGAAAUGAACUGUUUUUUAUAAGGCACAAGUGAGUUUGUGGACAUUGAUAAACAGUGUGAGGUUUGUUUUCAAGACUGACAAUCUAGAAUAUGGACAACGUGAUUUUUUACAUUAUUUAAGAAAGAAGUGAGACAACCGUGUAAAACGAAAUUCGUAUGUAAAUGGUGCCUGUUAUUGGUUGACACUAGCAAGGUGAAUGAUCUUUGGGAAGUAAAGAAGUGAUAAAAAAUAUAGAUAUAAGGAACCCUAUUGCUUCGAAUUUAGAAUCUAUAUUCUAAUUGGAUUGGAUGAUUCCCUUUUUGGAUCUCUUAGUCUUGUGUUUUCAGUUUACUAGGUAAAUACAGUUGAGAGCACUAUACUAAUAAAUGUCCUAUAAAUAUCAAAUAGUAUAGUCCCUACUAAACUACCCAAAAUUUUGCAACUAAAUUCAGAACUGUAAAAUUUUACAGAAUUGCAGUACAGUCUUAGGAGUAAAGGAGGUACCUCAGCACAUUUUUCAUAUUCUGAUUCAUAACAAAUAAACUGUGAAAAGAAAUUGAAACAAAAUAUAUUUUUUUGCUUUCUCAGGCCCACUUGCAGCAAAUUUGCUUAAUCUAGAUUCAAUUCAACUAAAACUAGAUAUAUCCCAUAGAAAAAUGUCAAACUAGUUUUAGUUAUAUUAAGAUUUAGCAAAUUUGCUGCAAGUUGGCCUUAGUGUUUGAUUGGUAUAAAAAUGAUGAUACGUUUCAAUUUAAUGAAAACUGUAUGAUGAUAUCCUAGUUUCUAAAGUGAUAACGGCAUAUAACACCGGCUGCAAACACGAAAAAGUGUGACGUUAUGUCACGUUAUACGACGUCAUGUUACGAGUUACUUCAACGUUCCGCGGUGUGUGUGUGAGGGGGGUGGUCGGGGGGUUCCUUCAACCUUCCUGCCCCCAUCACUUGCAUCAGUCGCAUCCAUGUCUGUGUCGUCAUUCAUGAAGAUGUGGUCUAUAUGAUCAUCAGAUUCACAGCUUGAUGUGAACAAUGAUCUCAUUUUCGGCUUAGAUUUGACUGUAGGUAGUUUCUUGUCUUUUGGCUUCACUUUGGUAUGAAGUUUCUCCUCUUUUGUAUGUGAAUAAGUAGCAGACAUUUUUUUUAUACGGUUUAAAUAAGAUUCUUCUAUUACAUUAUUUUCUGGGGUGUCAAUAAAAAUGUAAGAACUCCCUUUUUAUCGUCCUUUUCCACAUGAGGUUUAAUAAUUUCUGGAGUUAUGAAUACUUCAUGAGACAUAUCAUUAGUAUUGCGUAAAUUUGGGCUGCAGAAUCUCUUAUCAGUUUCUUCUAGCCUAGCUGAUCUUUGCGGUGUGACCCAUUAGUGACCACCUGGUGAAGCUUCUGGUGUCUGAAUACCAGGCAUUUCAAAUGAACCAUUUGCCAUGAAGAACUGAUCAAAAAUACUUGAACUGCCUUUCUGAUCGGUUUCUUCUGGCCCACGAGACACAUGGUGAUGAUGGCCACGGUUUUAAUCUAAUCUUCCAUCAUGGGCCAUUGUGAAGCUGCGCCUAAACUUAUAUGGAAAAACUAGAUUUAACAACUAUAAAAAAGCGCAAUGGGACAUCACAUUUGACAUAUCUAGCGCGUAAUACAAAGUUGCGUUCAGGUAUCUAGUUCAAAUCUGCCCCUGUGCUUAGGUGCCUCUUUCUUCCAGAUUCUUCCCCUACUACAAGUAAUUAGCUAAUUUAUUUAAUUAUACACAUAAUUGAAUGGAUAUAUGGAAAAAAUAAAAAUAAAAUAAAUGUUAUAAUAAAGGUUUUGGUUACAAUGUUUUCAUGUUUUGGAUGAUCUGACGUGUUGUUGAUUGUACAAAGUAAACUUUAAUGUUAUCUCGGGUUUAUGCCAGUUAUUAUUUUUAUGAUGUUUUUAUUGCAAUAAGAGAUACCUAGCCGUUCUGGGCUGAACUGUCACUAGGUAAGUGUUGUUAAAUAUUGUGUAAUAUAAACAAUUUAUGUAAAAUGUUUUUGUAUGCUACAUGAACGUGUAGUUAUUAUAUAUUGUUAAAAUAAUAGACAAUUACAUAAGGAACUAUAUUAGAUACUUUCGUUUUAGUUUUUUCUUUUAUUUUAGGUACUUUUGAAAUACGUACAAUUUUAAAAAUUUCAUGCCCUGGAAUGUAUUUUUCAGAGAGUACAUAGUAUCUUAAGAUGGUGCCAUCUAUACAUGCUCUAGGUCUAGCGUAUGUGCUUAUAUGCAUAUUACUUGCACGACACUGUUCGGUGUCGUAAUGUUGCUUCUAUAAGGAAUUGAGUCGGGCCAUAUGACAUAAAACUUUCAUAAUAGUACCUAUCAACCGAUGGCACCAGCUUUUCAGUUGGCUUGACAUGAACGGAAUUACGUGUUACCAGAUUAUAUUAAAAAGUUUUUUCAGGAAUUAUAAAAUUUUUAUUUUCAAGCAUUUAACUGCUAGAUCUUUAAAUAAAAAAAAAUAUUAGAUCAAAAAAAUUACAGGGUCCAGGUUUCCUGGGAUUUGAACCACCAUCUGCUACUAUUUGAGCGCAUACAUACCUAUAAUGAAAGGAACUUUAAAAUACUUAAACCCCAUUGUAUUAAAGCUGAUCAUCAAGGGGUAUUAACCCCCCUAAUUAAUUAUCCCCCCCCCCCCCCGAACUAUUAAAUAAAUUAGUUGAUUUUAUUGUAACCAGUUAAAUUUUUAAAUCCUAAUAAUUUUAUCAUAAUAUUUUUAUUUAGUAUAAAAUUAAAUUUUGUAAUAGCAAUAAUGGCAUAUAUGUGUGAUUUUGAUAAUAAUUAGAUAAUAUAUCUUAAAUCAAUGAUAUCUUAAUAUACCUUACCUACUUACCAAAUAUUCAAGCAUUAUUAUUAAAACAUUUGUUACUUAGAUUUAAAAAAAUAGAUAUAAAUAGUUAUCUUGUUAUUCUAAUUUAUUGGUUAAAUAAAAAAGUUUCACAUACGAAUACACAUUCCUAUUUAAGUAUAUUUAAGUGUUUUACGAAAAGUUUAACUCUGCAAUAAAACACUGAUGAUAUAAAUUUAUUGUAAUUACUUAAAAUAAGAUGUUAAAAACGGUAUUGAAACUACAACUGUUAAUAGUGCUAUAAGUAAUAAAUCAUUUUUGCUACUUUGAACUGUAUUUAUAUUAUGUAGCUUUUUGUAAUAAGCUCAGACUCAUACCCAGUACAUGUAGGAUGAGACUUGAGUAAAGCAAAGGGCUUGUAAACAUGAGGUUGCGUCCACUUAAUGCCCAUAAGCAUUCACUGGUGUCUAAUUCUGACAUGAUUCUCUAAACUUAAAACUAAAUUUAACAUCAGUCUCUCCUCAAUCUGUAUAGAGAAUGACGGGGAUACACUGUUGUCAAAUUUAAGUUUAGGUUUAGAGAAUGAUGCCAGAAUCGACACCACUAUCGAUUUAAAAUUUGUAAAAAAUAUUAGGCAAAAGGCAGGAAAACUAUAUGUCUCUUUGUACAUAAUGUCGAAAGAUGAUAAAUCGAAUUUUCGAAAUAAAUCUAGGGAUUUUGCGAAAACGCGAGUCGCCUCAGAAAGAUUGCGGAAAAAUCGUUUCCUCAUCAUAAAUAUAUUCUUGGGUUCAUACUUGGUUAGGUUAGUGUUGUAACCAUGAAGAAAAUUUCUUUAUUAAGCAAUGUUGUCGCCAUUGUCUCAUUAUCCGUAUUUAAAUUCGAUUUAUCAUAUCACACUACGACUUCUACAUAUACUAAUAUGAUUUAUCUAUUAGCGAAGAAAUAAUGUUUCUCCUGCCCAUGUUACUUGUAUCCACCAUGCUUCAAUGCAUUGGAUUGUAUAUCUUUUAUACCUACUUAUUGAAAUAAAGCUAGUGCUUAUAAAUUC